AUGAGCGAUUCCAACGCCAAUACCCAGUCGCCAUAUCCCUAUACUCCAUAUCCACGCAUUAUUCGUCCUGAAGCCUUUCAGGCAGGUGAACGCAAGGCGCUUCUGGGGCAUCUCCCGCGCUCCCUUUUGCUUCAUCAGAGUAGGUCGCUCCCCUUCCCCCCACACCCCCGGGCUGCCACCCAAUCUGCCCUUUUUCUACUGCAGCCGCUCUUGCAGCUGUCUCGCAUCGACGAAUUGCAGUCCAGCGCCUCGCUCGCACCGCGUCCCACCGUCAUCGUGUCGCCGCACCGCCAGAGCCCGACCACGGAGCGGGACCCAGCUCGCACCGUGGUAAAGAAACCGCACUCCAAGCCCGCCCAGGUGCGCGAAAACCUCGAUGGGAGUAAAGGCACGUCACAGCGCGUUCCGAGCAGCGCACCGUCGAUGACGUCGAGCGGCGUUUCCACAAUGGGGGGCAAACGGGAAGAAGGAGGGUCCUUUCCGAGGGCGCAGAGGCCUUCAAUCGUAUCGCAGCACUCGAAUUCCGUACCUUCCACGCCACUCCAGGUCGCCCGCACCUACGAGUCGCGGUCGCGGUCGCCCUCUCCGAAUGGCGGUCUCGGUAGCCACUCGCCUCGCUCCGUGUCUUCCGAGGCAAAUGGAGUCAUGCCCACCUUACGCACAGCGCGCGUGUACCGAUGCAAGUACGAGGGGAAGAAUCCGUUUGGGCGGAGGCGCAUACCCUACAUAUCGUCGGACAUACUAGAACGAGCGAAGGAGGAGCCGAAGAAGACGUUAGACCCGCAGGAGGAUGACAAACUGAGUGGCGACAUGCGCGAGCUGUACAAUCGGUUACAGCCUACGCAAGAGAACACGGAGCGACGAGACAAGUUUGUCAAGAAGCUGCAGACCAUUCUUGAGACCGAGUUCCCUGGGAACGAGUUCAAGGUGCAUGUCUUCGGCUCGUCUGGCAACAUGCUGUACACAACAGAGAGUGACGUUGACAUCUGCAUACAAACGCCCAUGAAACGGCUGGAAGAGAUGCACAUGUUAGCCGAAGCGCUCGACAAACACGGCAUGGAGAAUGUUGUAUGUGUACCACAGGCCAAGGUCCGGAUCGUCAAGGUCUGGGACCCAGUGCUCAAGCUUGCGUGCGACAUGAACGUGAACAACACGCUUGCUUUGGAGAACACGCGUAUGAUCAAGACCUACAUCCAGAUAGAUGAGCGUGUGCGGCCCUUGGCCAUGAUCAUCAAGCACUGGACGAAGCGGCGUAUACUAAACGACGCUGCGCUUGGUGGCACCAUCAGCUCCUACACUUGGAUAUGCAUGAUUCUCAACUUCCUGCAGACUCGAGAGCCGCCAAUACUACCCGUGCUGCACAAUCUUCCGUGCAGGGCAAUCGACAAGUCUACGGGCAAGCCUUCAGAGGCUGAGUUCGCUGAUGAUUUAGAGAAACUGAGAGGCUUCGGUGAAAAGAACAAGGAAACCCUCGGCCAACUUUUGUUCCAAUUCUUCCGACUGUAUGGGCACGAAGUGGAUUACGAGAAAUAUGUCAUUUCCGUACGGCACGGGCGCCGGCUUACGCGCGAAGAAAAGAACUGGCAUCUCGCAGGCCUGCAGAAAGAGGCUAGGAAUCGCCUGUGUGUCGAAGAACCGUUUAAUACCGAGCGCAACCUUGGCAACUCGGCAGAUGACUUUGCCUGGCGUGGCAUCCAUCUCGAAAUCCGGCGAGCGUUCGAUUUGCUUGCAAACGGCCAGCAGCUUGAUAAAGCCUGCGAGCAGUACGAGUUCCCGCCCGAAGAAAAGUCAACGGCUACUUUCAAGAGGCCUGAAACCAAAAAGGCCGUCCUCACGUCAAGCGCUCCGAGCGCACGCGGUGGUCGCGGUGCAUCCGGCCAUCGGGGCGGCAGAGGAGGUUUCAACCAGAAGGGCAACUCCGGCUAUGGAAGACGAGCAUCUAGCGGUGCAUCAUUCGGUGCAAACCGGCCCCCGUUCCUGAACAGCCCGCCCAUUUCCGGGGUGCCUGGUCAAGAUUACUUCCCGAGAGGCCUCAAUGAGCAGCUGCACGACCAGCUAUUCCAGCAGUACCAGAUGCUCGAGAUGCAAUCCAACUCGUUGAGGGCACAGCUUGCCGCUCAGCAACGUGCUCAGCAAGCUCAUCGGGUUCAGGCCGCGCAUAUGCACGCUCAGGCGGUUGCCCAGGCCCAGGCACAGGCACAGCACAACCGCGGCGCCAGCAGCGCCAACGGUUCCCCGCAAAAGUCACCCUACGUGAACGGUCGCGCUAGCCCUCGUUUGCCUGACGUUGGGAUCCCAGCAAACGCUUUACCGCAAGGGUUUCUCUACCACUAUCCGGGCUUCUUCGAUCCGACCCAAGGGUCUGCGGCUGUGUCACAGGAUGGGCCUCGAACGAAUCCCUCUUCUCCGUCACUCACCCACAGCGUACCCGGCCUGCGGAGAACGGUUCAUCGGGCGUCAAAUACAAGCGAGACUGGCUCCAUCCGUUCGCAGUCACAACCUGCCCGCGGUGUGCCACCGCAAGCUGCCUUGGCGGGCUACGCUCCUAUGCCGCAGUUUUAUGACCCCACAACGUUCGCUGGGUACCCAAUCGCCCGUUCUACGCAAGAAGCACCAAGCUCGCAUGCCGCAACAGACGCGCCCUACAGUCCUUUGUCGACGUAUACUGAGUCGGCCGCUCCUUCCGAUCACGGAACGCCGAAAGAGUAUGUUGGGUAUUACGUCGAAGAGCAACCAGCUCAUCGCCAACUGCAAGAUUACAGCGUCCCGCAGAUUCCUUCCUUCAGCGAGCUAGCUCAGCGUCGCAAGAGAGUUUCGCCAGAAAUCACUCAGCCGCUGCUUAAUACGGCGUUGAGGCGAGUAUCGCGGUCGCCCUCACCCUUGGGUGGACACGUUAGAAGCUACUCGACCAGUGUCGCUGUGCCUCCUGGUGCUAACACUACAGACCGAAAAGAGCGCACAGACCCCACACGGCCGCCCAUUGACAACGGACCGGUCAUUGUAAACGGGUCGUUUCCUACACAGUCUCGCGAACCCCGCACUCGGAGCGAGACGGUCGACGCUCUUCCUUCGGUAGACGUGGCUAAUCCAGGUGCACUCGGCAUCUUCGUCAAUGAUCAGGACCAAUACCGAAUGAUUGGCCCAGGGCAGCGGCAGCAAUUUGUUCUUGAAGAGAUACAAAGGCAGAAGGCGGAAGAGGCAGCGGGAGCCAGCAUUGUCAAUGGCUCGAUGAAUGAUUCGCCGGUUGAUGCUCAUGAUUUGGCGCGUGUGCCGAGUGGCGGCCGACAACCAUUUCCCGCGUUACCGGAAGUUUGGACGAACUACGGCUUGAGCAACGGAAACCGGAGUAACCAUUCCGAGGAAGUCUCGCCCACGCGUACGCAACAUACGCAAUGGCGAGUUUCGACGUACACCAAAGGUCUUCCUGCUUUGGACACCAUGAACACGCCGAGGCCACCGCCUCAGGAGAUCAAGUCAGCUACUCUGCCUUUACUCUCGCCGGUCUUCGAAACGCGAACCCCUUCGCCCAAUGCUACCCGUCAACUAGAGGCCAAUAAGCUUGUCAACGGCGUUAAGCCUCAUUCGAAGGAGAACAAUCAGCCUCUACGCCGGGCGUCUCAUUCUCCAGCUCAACCAUCCGCUCUCAAGGAUGUCAAUCGCAGCGGCCAACAGAAGAGUAAUGCCCAGGGGAAUGAGAAGAGCAAUAAGUCGAAUUCGGGAAGUAACAACAACUCGAACCAAUGGCAGCAGACGCGAAAGAAGAAGAGGAAAGGUGCGAACAAAGCGAAUGAGCCAAAGACGUCCGGAGAGCCGCUGCCCGCAAAUGUUGCUGAACGCAAAGGCGGAUAG